AUGUACUCACGUACCAUUCUCUCGGGUCUGCUGUUGGGAGCAUUGCCCUUACUGGCUUCAGCACAAGAUGGCACGAACGCCACAAUCCCCACUCCCCCGAAGCCUAGUACACCAGCAGGCGACUGCGUUGGUGUGAACGCCAUCAGCCCAAAAUGUAACAGCCAAGAAUCUGCGUACCAAAGAGACUUCUUUUACAUCGGUGGUGGCUAUGUCGACUCUGGCAUUCCGGGCCAGCAGAUGUGGAGCGACCAACUAUACGUUGAAAAGCUGACGCCUGCCACAAAGGUCAACAAGCCUUACCCGAUGGUCUUCGUUUCCGCGGGUAUCAACUCGGGUGCAGAAUGGCUGAAUACGCCAGACAAUCGCAAAGGAUGGGCUUCCUAUUAUCUUGACCAAGGCUACCAAGUCUACAUCGUUGACAUUGCUGCAAACGGCCGAAGCGGCCAGCAACUUCUCUCAAAAUACCCUCUACGCCUUGGUUCUACAGACGUCAUCAAUGAACAGGGUUUCACAGCUGUCGGGGACUUUGAUCAAUACCCCCAAGCAAGCUUACACACCCAAUGGCCCGGCAACGGAACUCGUGGAGACCCAGUCUUCGACACUUUCACCGCCGCUAACGUCCCCCUCUCUUCAUCCAGCGUGAACGUGGAAAACACCAUGCGCACAUCUGGAUGCCAGCUUCUCAGCAUGAUCGGCCAGUCAUAUGCCGUCUGCCAUUCUGCCGGCUGCACCUACACAGCUAUCUGGUCAGACGCAUGCCCCGAUCUCCUCCGUGCAAACAUCAACAUCGAGCCCGGCAACAUCCCUUUUACUUCAUUCGUCGGAGGCUCGACUGGUGUCGGUGGCGGCCGUACCCCUGCUCGACCGUGCGGUCUCACAUACACACCGCUGCAAUACGAUCCUCCUGUGACAAACUGCUCGGCCAUUACCACCGUUGAAGUUGGACUAGACACCCCCGCCGAGCGCUCUUGCAUGCUUCAAACCGGUACCAUCCACAAACUUACGCAGGUCGGCAAAGUACCGUAUAUCAUGAUUACGGGUGAGGCCAGCCAGCAUAUCACGUACGACUACUGUUUCGUGGCGUACUUUGAGCAGAUGGGCCUCACGAACUUUCAGUGGAUCAAGCUUGCGGACCUGGGAAUCAAGGGGAAUGCGCACUUUUUGUUCUUGGAGAAGAAUAAUUUGGAGAUUGCGGCGGCGAUUAACUUGGGUCUUGAGAAGCUGAAUGAAGGGCCUGAUGCUCCGGGUCAUCCUGGUCUCCCUAUCUCUUUGGAAUGA